AUGGCAGAUUCCGCCGGUGUUUCUCCCGCUAUAACCCGCAGCAAAGCUGCAGCGAAAGAGGCGCUCGGGUCGACUGGCCCCGUCGACGCCAGCGUCCCGCUUGCCGCCGUGGGGGAGGUAUUGGCCGACAAGGAUCGGCAGAUCGCGCAGCAAGCGCAGGAACUGCUGGACCAACGUCGGCUGAUAACCGACCUUUGCGGCGCAAACGACACGCCGAAGCGCACCACAUUACACAUCACGCUGCACUCGCCUGCUACUGGUGACUCCUGCACGACCGUCCCGCUGUCGCUGCUGACUCCAGUGGCGGAAUCAGCGGCGGCGGACGAGGACACAGAACAACACUACACCGGGCCCUGGAUGGAGUCGGCCGCCGGCCAUGCAGAGGCGCGCAGCAGCAGCAGCGAGCUGGAGCUGCUCCAGUGGCUGCUGCACUGGUCGGGCACGAUGCGGCACCCGCGGGCCGGCCCCUGGGCGGGUCGCUCCUUCUACCUGCUGAACGCUGUCGCGUCGGCGGCCAUCGUGCUCUUCCUCUGCUCGCAGGGGGUCGCCAUCUGGAGGGAGGGCACGCGCGACCUGGACCGCUUCACGCUCAUGCUCUCCACCUUCAACACUAUCGCCACGUGGCUCUUCCGCCUCGGCCACAUAGCCGUCCACGAGCAUCAAUUCCACUACCUCUCUCUCCAAAUGGAACGGGACUUCAGAGAGUUCUUGAGCCUGCGCGACUUCCCUCUGCUACAGUCACGCUGCAGAGCCCACCGCCAUUUUGUCCUCUCCUACCUGAGGUUUGGCGUUGUGUUGUGCAUGGUUUGGACACUCUUUCCUGUGGCGGCCUUUGGUGUAGGGCCUGAGGGCCUGCCAUUCAUCAUGGCCCUGCCUUACGACGUAUCGUACAUGCACACCUUCAUCCCCACCUGGAUAUUUGGCGCAUUCAUCACAGUGCAUGUCACAAUGAUGACCAUUAUCUCGGACACCUUCAACGUCAGCCUAAUGGCACAGCUGCGUUCCCAGCUUGUUAUACUCAAUGGAAACCUCAAAACACUCUCUUCAGAUAUUCAGAGCACAAGGUCUCCGUUCAUCAAAGAGGAUUACAUGACAACUAUGAGUUCAUAUGAGCAUCUGAAACACACAAACAUUCACCAUCGCCUGAGACAAAACGUUCUUCACCAUCAGGUUAUUAUUAGGAACACUGAACUGUUGGAAAACUGCACAGGAGGCAUAUUACUGGCACAGUGCUUAUCAAUUGGCGCUGCAGUAUCCUUUCAGCUGUUCCAGGUCGCAGUGAGCACGCAGAGUCUAGUGCAGGCGGGGAAGUUCAGCUGCUACCUUACCGUGGUUCUUGUGGAGCUGUUUAUGUACUGCUGGUUUGGGGACGACCUCAUCACAGAGAGCGAGAACGUCACUCUGGCAGCCUACUCAGCGGUGACGUCGCUACAGGGAUUCCCCGCAUCUGUCCGGAAGUCGCUGCUGAUUGUCAUGACCCGCGCUCAGCUCCCCCUGCGCAUCACCGCCGGUGGGCUGUUUCCCUUCUGCAGGGAAUCCUUCGUCUCGAUUGUGAAUAUGUCUUACUCUUACUUCGCCAUUCUUCGAAACUUUAAGGACGACUAG